AUGAAACAACAUUUUUCUUACAUUGAAGAAUUGUUUGAUGCUCAAUAAUAUGUUCUGAUGACCAAGAACAUCCAAGAUUUCCAUAAAGUCACUUCAUACUUCAAAAAGUAUUCUUCAUUCAAAUCACUUAGAUUUUUUGAUGAUAUUUUGAAUAAACAAUUGGAUUUAUGUGGAACCAAUAUUAAGAAUGCUUAAAAAAUUACUAAAUACAUGCAAUAACCUUAAUUGCCCUUGUCUAAGAGUUUGCUCAAAUUGAGUCAAAUUGUAUAGGAUUUAUUUACAUUUGUAAAAUAAGGCAAUUUAGAGCAACAGGAUGGUCUGAAUCAAUACGAAUCACUAGUACGCGAAUAAAUUGAUAAAAUCAUAGAGCAUCAUAAUGGUUAUGUCUAAACUGCAAUCAAGUACUAUAAAAAUGAUGAACAACAAUACAAGAAGAGUUUGGAUGGCUUGAAAAACAGAAAACAGUAAUACACUGAACAAUUGGAACUAUAUAAACAAACUGUCAAUGAUCCUUCCAUGUUAUACAAUCAGAAUCUCAAAUAAUAGAGAUACAAUGAGUUGUAAUAAAAAAUAAGAAAAAUCAAAGAAAAUGAAAAUCAAAUUCUUACCUCUUUGGAAGUCCUCAAUUAUCGUAGAAAAUGCUUAUGCAUUGAACUGCAAUAACUUUAGAAAAUAAUUGAAGAAGCCUAUUCAACAAUUAUUGCAUUAACUCAUAAAUUGUGCUAUUCAAAUAUAAUCAGUUUUAAAAAGAAAUUGGAAUCAUUCUAUUAAAUGAGUAAAAAACAUCAGAAAUAGAUCAAAUAUCAAUUUACUAUCUUACCAGACUAAUCCAAAUUUAAUUUCGAUAAAAUAGAUUAUGUAAGUCAAUAGGAUUUUUAAUAAUUGUAUUAUGUACAAAAGAACUUUAAUUUUAAUUAAGAUGAAUCUUUUGAAACCCUAACUCAAAAUAAUGAGGACGUCUCAUUUCGUUCAAUAAAAAAUAUUCCAUCAGUCAAUCAAAGUUAUUAAACAAUAAAUGAUCAAAAUGAUCAAUGGAUACCUAACUUCCUAAAGUAAGAUAUUUAAUUGGUGCCUACUUCAUAAUUGAUACAAUAUUAUGAGUGGAUAUUAACAUACACCAAAGUAGUGAAGGAAAAUUGUAGUAUAAACAAUAAUCUUAUUUUUAAAUUGUUGUAAUUCAUAGAUGAAUUGAUGAUUUAAUUUAGAAAAUAAGGAAAAGCAUGCAUAAAGCAACCAGAUUUUAAGUAAAACUAUUUUUCUCAAUUGAAAUGGUUUGAAUAAUUUAACCAAGUCUUUGGGGAAUAGGGUUAUAAUGAUUUAUAUGCUUACACCAGUAUAAAUGAUUUGUUUAAUUUAUUUACUAAUAAAUUUUCAAAUCUUUUAUAAGAAGAAUAACAAUCCAUUUUAUAGGUUCAAGAGAAAAUUACAAACGAGUAAAACAUUGUUUUCUCAAGUAUAGAUAAAUAAAUGUUUGAUUUGCAAAUUGUGCAUCAAAACUAUCUUAGAUAAUAAGGAUAUAACAGAACCAUUACAUUAAGUUAAAUGGAUUCCAAUAAAAAGGACUUUUACAAUUAACCUAAAAAUGAAUAAGAUUUUAGAUAAAUGAUAAAAUAGAGCAAUGAUGCUAUAAAGCAUUUAGUAUUGGAACUAGAUAACAAAUUAAGUAAGAGAUACAAGACAAUCAGCGAAAUUACAGAAUAAAUUAACUUAGCUUUCAAUAUAAAUUUAAUAGAUUUAUUGAAAUUUACCUAUCAAUAAGAAGAUGCAUUAGAAUUGAAAAAGAAGUCAUUGGAAUAGGUUGUCUAAUAUUUGAAAACCUAAAACUCAUUCUCAAUAUUCUACAAAUAGAUCUUUGUGAAAAAUAAGGCUAAAACUUUAAUAGAAGAUUUAUAGACUGAAACAUAUGAUUAUAAAUACUAAUCUGAUUAGGAUUUUUAUUAACUUUCAACAUUACCUAAACCUAACAUUAUUCUGGAUUAAAGUUAGAAUGAUCAAGAAGAUGAUUAAUAAAGUAUAAGUGAAUAAUCAACAAAAGAGCAAGAUAAAGAUAAAAUAGAACAAUUAUAAUUUAUAAAAUCAAAGUUGAAAAUAGAAAUCAAUGAAAUAUUAAUUGCAUCAUUUGCCUGUGCAUUAUCAGAAAAAAUCUAAUUACAAGGAAGAUUGUAUAUCACAAAUAAAAGACUGUUUUUUCAUUCAAGUUUCAACUCAAAUAAUUUAUUUUUUGGUGAUACAAUAUUGAACAUUCCUAAAUAGGAUAUAAUGUGUAUAUAAAAGAGAGCAAAUGCAUAUAUAUUUGACAAUUCGAUAUCAAUAUUUACACCAAAAGGCUAGUUGUUCUUUGCUACAUUCUUUUAGAGAGAUAUAGCUUAUGAUUUAAUCAUUAAGACAUUUUCUCCAAAAGAAUAGCCUGAGUUAAUGGCAUCAUUAACAAAUCAAGCUCCUAUAAAUUCAAUAAAGAUUAUCAAUGUUCCAUACACUUAGGAUUAAUUAAAAUUAUUAGAGGAGAGAUAAUAAAGAAUAUUAAAUCUAAUGGGUCCAGAUCCAGAGAUAUUUAUAGCUGAGAGUAUCUUUGAAUUUCCAGAGAUAAAUGUUAAAUUGUUCUAUAGAUUGAUAUUUGGUGAUAAGAUGCUUGGAUAAAACAUGUCAUUUUAUGAGAAAAUGAAGAAAGGUCCUUUGGGAUGCGAUGGUUUAAAUUUGACUCAAUGGAUUCCUGCUCCACCAAUGGAUUUUGAUUCUGAUUACGGUACUCAAAAUUUGUUGGAUGGUCCUGAUUUCCUAGAGAGGGAAUUUAGUUGUAUUUAACCAUUACCAAAAUCUUCAAUUCCAUUUAUGCCCACUAAAUGUGAUUGUAAAGAAUAAUAAAAGAUUUAUUUCAUCAAUUAAGAUUUCUUUAUUUUAGACUUGAUAGUGAAAACCUAUAAAGUGCCUUAUGCUGAGUCAUUUCAAGUUCUGGUUAGAUACAAAUGCACUUAAACUGAGAAAGGAGUGAAGUUGGAUUGUAGAGUUAGAAAUGAAUUCUUAAAAGCCAUUCUGGUUAAAAAAGUUAUUGAAAAAGCAAGUCAAGAUGAGAUUUCUGAAAAGACUAACUAAAAGAUCUUUCCUGCCAUUAGAUAAGAGUUAAGCAAUUAUUUGAAAGGAUCAAAUAGCAAUGAUAAUGGUGAGGAUAAGAGUGAUACCAAUGAAUAGAAGGUGGAACAAUAGAAGAGUAAAAUAAAAUAAAAGUUGAAAUCUAUGAUUCCUUUUGUAAAUGGUACAAUAAUAACUUGUCUAAUCCUCAUUGUUAUUUAUUUCUUAUAUGUGAGAGUAUUGAGUAAGUUGACUAUCAAAAUAGAGUUUGAUAAAUGA